AUGAUGUUCAACGGUCUCUACCCAACGGAACUCAGCUUAGAAGCUUUCUACCCGCACUACGUAGACCCACAAUUCACUCACCUGAAGCCGUCGAUUUUUACCGUGGAGUCAAUGAAGAAAAUGGUUUCGUAUAAUGAAACUGUUCGUCCAUAUGAAAUUCUUCCAAUUUUGUUGGCAGAAGCGAAUCCACAAAUGCAUGCAGAGAACUCUGCAAAUGCUGGAGAUCGGGAUUUCAAUUUUGAACAGACCAUCAAGAUGCUAAGCUGGCAAAAGAGCUUUGAGACUGAGUCCUUCCCGCCUGAGGAUAGAAUGUGA